AUGGAGCUCAUCAUCACGCCCACACAGGCCCUCGUGCCUUUGUCUAUCCUCUUCGUUGUCUACCAUGCCAUUCGCGCUUUGUUUUUUGGGCCACCGGAAUCAAAGCACUGGAAAGAGCUGCCAACUGUAGGCCUUGGAAAAGGAUGGCUCGCCUGGGUAUGGGCGACUCUAAAGUCUGUUCGCAAGACACAGGAUUGGGCCUUUGAAGGCUAUCGCAAGUUUGCCGGUUCAAACAGUCCCUUCAUCAUACCUAGCAUUGACAGAGGUGCUAUGAUCAUUUUGCCACCCCGUCUUAUCAAGAAGGUCUACUCGCUUCCAGAGUCUACGCUUGACAUCCAUGCCACGCAGAGCGAGACUAUCCAAACAAAAUGGACCGUCUGGGACAAGGAGGUAGCAGACAACGAUUUCCAGAUCAAUGUCGUGCGCCACCAAAUUACCAGGAAUCUUGAACAUCUGACUCCACUCAUGGCCGACGAGCUCGACAGAGGCUUCGAUCGGUGGUGGGGCGAGAAAGGCGACGCAACAUGGAAAGAGGUCAAAGUCUGGGAUUCCUGCUUGAAACUUAUUGCUGGUGCAAGCAAUGGAGCUUUCUGUGGCGCGCCGCUAUGCCGUGAUGAAACUUUCCUGAAUGAUCUUCGAGACCACGCCAUGAGCAUCUUCGCAGGUGCUAUGCUUAUCAAUGCGACACCAAAGCCAUUGAAGCCAGUCACUGGCUUCUUGGUGGGCUCAAACUGCUGGUACCUGCGACGUAAGGCUCUCAAGGGCUGUCUGCCAUUUGUAACAGAACGACUGGAAGCAACGGCUCGCUACAAGGCUAAUCCAAAGUGCGGCUGGACACCACCGAAAGAUGGACUCCAAUGGCUCAUCGACGAGUGCUAUCUUGCUGCUGCCAAAGGUGACGUCGGUCAACUGGAGCCAAAACGCGUAGCCCACCGUCUCUUGCUCGUCAACGACAUCUCCCUACACUCCACCAGCUUUACCGUCCAAAAUGUCAUCCUCGACCUCUUCAGCUCCGACCCUUCUCUCGGCUAUGUCGACGCUCUCCGCAACGAAGCCAGCACCGUCCUCGCCAAAUCCGGCGGCGUCUGGACACGCGACGCAGUCCGAGACCUCAAGCUCAUCGACUCCAUGAUCCGUGAAUCAAUGCGCCUAAACCCUUUUGCAAUCUGCGGACUCCCCAGAACCGUCGUCCACCCAGAAGGCAUCCGUCUCCCCGUCUCCAACGUCCACGUCCCCCAAGGAACUAUGAUCGCCGUCCCCAUGGAGCCCAUCCACUACGACGAGCAAAUCUACCCCCAAGCCCGCACUUUCAACCCCUUCCGCUUCGCCGACCCCACCAAUGUCAGCAACAUCAUCGACAGCUUCACCACCAAAGAGGAUCUCGAGGCCGCCGCCAAGGAAGAUGCGACGGAGCGCAAGGCCAAAUCCACUGCUACUCUCGACGACGCCUUCCUUGGAUUCGGCUUCGGCAGAUAUGCGUGCCCAGGCAGGUUCUUCGCGCUAAACGAGAUGAAGGUGUUUAUUGCGCAUAUGCUGUUGAAUUAUGAUGUCGAGCACAUGGCGGUGAGACCGAAGCCGCUGGAUACCGUGUGGCUCAAGUUGCCGCUACAUGGCGGCAAGAUUCGCGUAAGGAGACGAAACUAA